UCUGCUACGAUUCACCAUUCCUGCAUUCAGUACUGCAAUCGUCUCCAAGGACGAUCUAGGUGAAGCUCUACAUAAGUUCAUAAACCAACCCGAAAACACAAUUCAACAGGCACGGCCUAAAUUUACUGCAUACCAACCCUCGCCGUAUUCUGUUACUAUGGCUACUGGAAACAGAACUUCGGGGCCCCCGAAGAUUAUUCCUGAUACGGCGGCAUUUUCGCCACCUCCAUAGCUGGGCUUUUUUGCUCCGAUACUGGGGAUGCUUACUGGAGCGAUGCGAAUCAUGCUCAUGAAUUCUGCGAUAAAUUUCCUCUACAUCUUCCCGUCGAACCAUCGGAUGCUGUGUACAGCUCUGUACGCAGAUACUAUGAUAUGAGACCUUCACAAUCACCAGGGUUUCACGGAAACAUAUCUGUGGCCUGUCAGGGGCGUUGGAGAGGAUCUACAAAUGACGGAAAUGGCGAUUGUCUUCUAACGACGAACCUACCCCUCUAUUUCUCCAUGGAGGACUCUCCAUUCCUUACAAAAACAAGCAAAACAAUAUACUUCGAAGCCAGACUACUCGGUACUCGUGUAGGCCCGACAACACAGUCCACCGCUGACAGCGGGUUUUCUAUCGGAUUCGUGGCACAACCAUACCCCAGCUGGCGAUCUCCAGGUUGGGAAAGGGGGAGCCUUGGUGUAUUCUCUGAUGAUGGAUGCCGCUUCGUGAAUGACUCCUGGGGUGGGAAGAGCCUCACGAAUAAAUUUAGACUGGGAGAGACUGUUGGCUUGGGGGUGACAUUCGGACUCCCCAUCAAAACGCCUCCAGCCCCGGCAAAUGAAGACGAGAAGGCCAAUGUUGACAUCUUCUUUACCCGCGAUGGUCAAGAAGUAGGGGGUUGGAGCCUGUACGAGAAGUUGGAUGUUGAGUCUGGGGGAGUUGAAGGGCUGGGAGGGGAUUUCGAUUUGUAAGGAGCUGUUGGAUUGUUUGAAGGUGUGGACUUUGAGGUCAUGUUUGAUCCUGCAGUCUGGCCGUGGACUCCUCGGGAUUGUUUCUAAAAAUCAAGUAGUCUUAUUAUACUGCGAAUUGCUCCUAUGUUUGUAUCUGAUUGAUGAACCUGUGAUGCAGUGGUAUAUACUGGGACUCUGAGCAAAAAUUUACUCCGACAAC